AUGCUCCUUCACCAACCGGCACUGGGUCAGGCUCCUCCUCAUUUCUUAUGUCUCAAAUGUCGCGCCAAACUUGUUCUUCGAUUGCGCCCUCCUUUGUCCCUCGCAAACAACAUGUGGAUUGGCCAAGUUCCAUCUGUGUUGUCCAUUCUUAACCUGCCUGAACUACUACUUGUUGGACUUUAUUUUCCGGUGGCUUUCGUCGUCAAACUUUUCCCAAAGAAGGCCGGAAGCGAUGCCUGGGACGUCGACACCAUGAAAACUGGAAUGCGAGGCAAUGUCUCGACCUACAGACUGAAUCCUACCCUCAUCGAGGAAAUGGUUACCGGCAACCUAAUGCCUCGUCCUAUCGGCAUUUUGGCUGCGACAAUUUCUGUCACGUUCGUCGGGGCAAAGAAUGUACCUUUGUUUGUCCUUCCGAAGAUGUUCGAGGUACAGCGAAGAAGGGUUCACGACGCAUUAGUGUGGCUUCAAGCCAACAACCCGUUAUAUGCCAACAUCGAAAUUUCCUCGGAACGCCUUGCAGAACUCCCCGAACACGGCGUACCAGAGGAGCUAACAACAACAGCUCGAUAUACAGAAGAUGCUUCGGUCAUAGCUCGUGAACAUGGUGGUUAUGUGCCAUCCGAUGCGGAUGAUGGCGCAGAUACUCAAGUCAAUGAAGCAGAAGAGCGCGACUUCGGCCAGCGACACGGUAGGUCGUCCUCAUGCAGCAUCUGCCAUUUCACUCAUUUCUUUCCCAUUGAUUUAUUGCCGGUGGAUAGUCUAGACAAUGAAAAUCAUGAUGACCAAGGAAAAUAUGAAUGCGAUGUUAUUCCUCUCCAGCCUCAUGGGGCUAUAGAUAUAUCUGCUGAUUCCAUUAAUAGUGAGGAGUUAUUUGCUGCGGCAACGAAAAACCUAGCACCGGAAGAGACUCGCAAGUAUGCAGUCCGCCCUGGCAAUCAAUUUGUGAACGAAUAUCCACGAGAGGUCAAUGGUCAGCGAACAACUGGUGGACCAUUGGACGCCAAUCAUCUUCUUGGUACAUUCCCCCUCCUCUUUCCAUAUGGCCUCGGCGGGAUUGAAGUCGAUCGCCAGGACCAAGUGUCGUACGAGGAACAUGUUCGAUGGGCACUGCAAUAUGACGACGGGCGCUUUCGAAAGGACUUGUAUUUUAUGUUUCAAGCCUUCGGGGUUCAAGUUAAACGAGAGAUGCCUUCCAACGACUCACCGCAGAAGACUUUUUGA